UCAAAGGAACUUAGAGUAUCUCUUGCCAAGCAACUAUUAAAAAUAUCGCAAGAUGAACGUGAAUCUUGGCUCAGUCGUAUUAUAGAACUGAUCCUGGCUCAAAACUUGGAUGAUCCACACAUUAAAGCUGAACAUAUAAAAAUUGCUAUAGAAGAAUGCUUGGAGCCAUAUAAAUUGAAAGAUACGGAAACAGUGUUCAAUGUUAUAAAUGGAUAUAAUAUACCGAAGAUAAAGUAUGAUAUUUCUAAAAAGAAAUUUAUUAUUGACAAUGAAAAUUUCUACCCUGAAACGCAAUAUAAAUCGUUAGUUUUUCGACAUCGCUUCGAAAUGGCGUGGUACAAAACUCUGAGGCAUAAGCAAUUUUUGUCUUCUAAAUUUGAGAAACAGCAAACAGAUAAGACAAAUUUAAUACCUAUUGAAUAUCUGUUGAGCGAGUUGAGAAUAGGGAAUGUAUGCGUAAUGGGUCUGAUAACACAAUUAAUGGAAGAUCAAUAUUAUUUGGAAGAUACAAGUGGAACUGUCAAAAUAGACCUCAGCAAUACAGAUUUUCAAGAUACUUUCAUCAUGGAAGGUUGUAUAAUAAUAGCUAAUGGUGUUUACAAGGAUGAUGUAUUACACAUAGAAAGUAUCAACCUUCCGCCAAUAGAAUCAUCGGAAAGCUUGCGAUCAGAUUUUGGCGAUACAAAUACAUUUGGUGGACCACAUAAUAUAUCUUUGAAAAUGUCAGAAAAGUUACAAGUCCACGAGGAGAGCAACCAGGAUGGAAUGAUAGUAUUCAUAGCAGAAUUAUGGUUGGAUGUUCCACAUGUCUUACAAAAAUUUAAGACGAUACUGAAUGGCUACAUGGAUUAUCCUCCCAUAGCUUUUGUAUUGUGUGGUCAUUUCUUAAGUUUCCCUACAAAUAUAACUAGUGCGCAAGCCUUGAUAACGGGUUUUAAAAAUUUGGUUGACAUAAUAAUACAAUAUACAAAUUUAAAGGAAUCUUCCAAAUUUGUUUUUGUACCUGGCCCACAUGAUUUAGGCUCUCCUAAAAUUUUACCGAAACCUCCUUUGCCCAAAUGCAUUAUCGAAGAAGUCACAAAAAUGAUACCAAAUGCUAUUUUUACCACGAAUCCAUGUAGAAUACAGUACUGUACAAAGGAAAUCGUAAUAUUAAGAGAAGAUAUGUUAACAAAGAUGUGCAGGAAUGCGCUUCGUUUCCCGAAAGAAGAACACUUUUUCAAACAUUUCGCCAAAGCCAUCAUCAGCCAAUCACACCUGACUCCUGUGCCUCUUCAAGUCGUUCCAGUAUAUUGGAAAUAUGACCAUGCUUUACAAAUAUUUCCAACGCCAGAUCUCAUUGUGAUUGCUGACAAUUUUGAAACCUACACGACCAAUUAUUCCGAUUGUUAUGUGAUAAAUCCCGGAAUGUUCUCAAAAAACAAUUUUUCGUUUCAAACUUAUGUGCCUGCUACCAACCAGAUUCAAGAUUGUCAGUUGCCAAGCGACAUCAAUGUUGCUUGAGUUAAGAAAAUGGUUAUAUGAAAAAAUCAUGGUAAUUUUCUUUGUACAUAGACAAUGUAUAGAGCUACACUAGGUAUUAAUACAUAAGUAACUCUUU